AGUGAGCACAAAAUAUAUUCUGCCAGUAGAUUGUGAUUAGCUUACCCGUUGGCUAUUGUCUACCGCGUAUAUUCAAAGCUCGGACUAACAAGUUUGAAUGCUUUGGUUUAGUUUAGCCAUGGAGCUUAGCGCUUUAGCCUUUUACGGACACUGACUCUGAGUGAAGUUCACUGAUAUCCGUGCUGUGUCUGAGACAGUGAGAACACUAAAUACCUAUGCCAUUAUUGCUAUAGAAGUAUUGUAGUAGAGUAGGAACUGAAAACUUACAAUUCAAGCAGAAUCUACUUAGCUUAAUUAUGUCAAUAUUUAAGGCAAACAUAUUUAAGGGUAAAGUCGCCAUCGUCACUGGGGGCGCAACUGGAAUUGGCAGAGCAAUUGCAGAAGAAUUGUCUUCUUUGGGAUGUCGUGUUGUAAUUGCAUCUCGGAAUGAAGAGCGUUUGAGAUCUGCUGCUGCAGAAAUGAGCCCCAGUGGACAAAAUGUCAUUGCAUUUCCAUGCAACAUUCGCAAAGAAGACCAGGUUAAGUCUCUUCUUUCUGAUACACUUGCCAAGUAUGGCCAGCUUGACUUCCUGGUCAAUAAUGGAGGUGGUCAAUUCAUUUCAACAGCUGAGACAAUGUCCUUGAAAGGAUGGAAUGCUGUUGUGGAGACCAAUCUCACUGGCACUUUCCUAAUGUGCAAGGAAGCAUAUUCUUCAUGGAUGAAGGAAAAUGGAGGUGCAAUUGUGAACAUCAUUGCUGACAUGUUUAGGGGUAUUUCUAUGAUGUCACACACUGGAGCUGCUCGUGCUGCUGUUGAUAACCUCACCAAGAGUCUGUCAAUAGAGUGGGCAGAAAGUGGUGUACGUGUGAAUGCAGUGGCUCCUGGAAGCUGCAUUUAUUCUCCCACAGCAAGCCGCAACUAUGGUGACGACAACAUUUUUGAGCUGGUCAGGCCUGGAAUACCUGCUAAGAGGCUCGGUCACCCAAGGGAGGUGUCUAGCGCUGUCAGCUUCUUACUGUCGCCUGGCGCGUCAUUCAUUACUGGAGCCACGCUCAGAGUAGACGGCGGAAUGAGUCUCUCUGCUCCUCCACUGUACUCCGUACCAGAACACGACAAAUGGCCGGCUGCUCACGACUGGAACUAUGAUCCAAACGAUGGCCAAUCUUGAGCUACUGGUGAACAAGUCACUCACAAUUCUAUAAUCUUCUAACAAACUUGUUAAUCCUCUAACUGUCCUGUCUAUGACUGAUAGAACAGCUUAACACCACAAUAAUACAGAAUCUUUGAAAUAAAGUUUUAGGUGUCAGGACUUCAGGAGGUAUAUUUGACUCACCACAUUGUUGCUUUAACCUCUUAAUUUCUUAUUGUUCAUGUAGUUUGUGCCAACUUUUGAUCGUCAUAUGCACUAACCAAUGACUGUGCCUUGACUCCCCCCCAAAAAAUAGUACUCUAGUUUUAAUUCGAUCUUGUGCCCAUUUUUGUCCAUAUGUUCAUCCAUCUAGAGUUUAUUUACAUGCAAUCACUAGGUGUUGAUAUGUAAUUUAAUGACGCAACCUUCUUGUGUGGCGUGCUCUCAUGCACUGUCAAGUCAUCAGAAUCAAGUUCGGGAUUUGCAAUCAUUCACGAUAUGAUCGACUAGAUUAUAUGUUAACCAAUGGGACAUUGGUAUGUUUUUUUUUAUUUUAUUCAGGCAAUGCGAGGGGGCUUCGAAAAGUUCAUGGAAAGUGGACAAAACAGAAUAUUAUAAAAAAAGAGUGUGACGUCAAUGCACAAGAACGCUGCUGCAUCAAAGUUUUAUAACGUGUUUUCACAUGAACCCUUAAAUUAAUGUUACAAACGUGGGGUGCUGCUUUAAAAGCAACAACCGUUCUUGCAACAUGUCAUCUGCCGAAAUCGAGGCCAGGUUUUUUUUCAACAAUCGUUUUUCAAACUUUCGUUUCUACACGAACUUUUUGAAGCACCCUUGUAUGGCGAAGUUUCUUUGUUUAUGUGGAAUUCUAUUUAGAUUUGUUUAAUGCGUUAUAUUAAACGUGGUGGAUUUUUAAGUGUGGGUCUCUAACUAAGUUCUCGAAGUAGUCCACGUGACUGCAACAUAGGUAGUUUCCCGUUCACAAAAUGUCAAGACCAAGUUCCCUGCCGAUAGCUGUGAUGUGCCGGUACCAUCUGAGAACGUGCGGGUGGCAACCUGAUGGUGAUCCCGAGAGACGUUUGUAAACUUCUGCAUCUGUGAUGGAAAGCAAAUUAAUUGGUUAAGUGACCUAUUAGGCUGUACGCUGUGCCAUGUUUUAUCAUCGUAUACCUUAAAUUAAUCGGGUUUAAAUAUCAUAAUAACGAGUCUUGGCCCAAGGCUCAAUGUGAAAGCAAAUUAGUAGAAGUGUGGAUGUAGUCACCAACUUCGCACGAGUUGUAAUAUUUGUGUUAGUAAUUUAUUCAGCUGCAAUUAGGAUUGAGUAAUAUUCUCUAUAAAUGUGUCUCCUCAAACUAAUAUUGUACAACUCAUCACAUGUGGUAUUAAAUUAAUAUUUCAUUGUUAUUUGACCUCGGUUGUUGCAUUUUUGUGCCUGUCUUAAAGAAGCAUUUAUUUUGCCUUUCUCGCCUGUGUUUCAAAUUUGAUCGGAUUUUCUUUUACCCUUCAUCUACUCGUGCUCAAACUCGUUAACAGAGCUUCAGAUAUAAAUAGCAUCGGCGAUAGUUAAUUGCAACUCCAGUUAUCUGGCAUAUCAUCACAAGUGUUGAUGACGGCUUAUGUAUCUGUAGACAAAGUGUCAAGAUCAAUUCAAUUGUCUGUAGCUAACCUCCAUCCGUAGGCAUGUAGCCCCUGAUGUAGCUUCGUGUCGCCAGGUGUUCGUUCAAUUUCUUUAAUCCACUUGCAGCCUGCAAAUCCCCGAGGGAAUCCAAUAACCUGCAAGGACGGCACAGCGGGGUUGCUAUAUGUGACUGGAUUUUGUACUGCAACGCAAUUCAAUGAAUAUUUUAUUCAAACCUGUAUUCACUGAUACGUCACUGAUGUUCGGUCGUCAAGCGGCGUAAGUAGAGUGCGUACUCGAGGACCUAGUAACUACGGAAUACACUGUUUGAUCCAUCACUUUGUUGAAGUUUUUGCAUGUAAACGGU